UCUAAAGAAUAAUGUGGAAUCUGACAAAGUAAGGUGAACUGUUUGCUAUUUUGGAAAAAGAUCAACUUGGGGGAAAGUCUGUUAUAUUCUAUUGAGAUGAAGUGAAUCUGAUGCUGUUACACAGAAAAAUUGCAAAAAGAUGCCCAAUUUUUCUUUUUCAACGGCUAAUAAUUUCCUUCGGUUUACUCCUGAGACCUUGGAUCAAAUUAAAAAGAGAAUUGCUGAGAAGGAAGCAAAGCAUGCCCAGGCCACAGAGGAGGGCAAUAGUCAAGAGCAAGAAGAAAAUAUUCAACCACAGCUUGACCUGAAAUGUUUUAAAAAGCUACCUAUUCUAUAUGGAAAACCCCCUCCUUGGCUCAUUGGAGAACCACUGGAAGAUGUUGACCCCUAUUACAAGGAUCGUGAGACUUUUAUGGUGCUAUCAGCCAGGAACAGAAUCUUUCGGUUUUCUGCCACCAAAGCCUUGUUUUUAUUCAGUCCUUUCCAUCCACUGAGAAGACUAGCUGUGAAAAUUUUGAUACACACAUUAUUCAUAGCAUUCAUAACAUGUGUGGUUCUCGUUAACUGUAUUUUUAUGACUUUAAACAAGCAGCCAGAACAUUACCAUAUCGCUGAGUAUAUUUUCACAACUACUUAUACAGUUGAAUUUGCAAUAAAAAUAGUUGCAAGGGGAUUUGUUUUGAAUGAAUUCACCUAUCUUCGAGAUCCCUGGAACGCUCUGGAUUUAUUUGUUUUAAUUAUGACGUACGCAGCUUUGGCUUUUCCUUUUAGUAGCAUUUCAGCUAUCCGAAUUUUCAGGGUUCUGAGAACUUUAAAAGCUGUUUCUGUAAUCCCAGGCCUGAAAGUCAUUAUAGCUUCACUUCUUCAGUCUGUCAAGAAGCUUGCCAAUGUGAUGCUGUUGACAGUUUUCUGCUUGGCUGUCUUUGCCCUGGUUGGCCUCCAACUCUUCAUGGGCAACUUAAAACAUAAAUGUGUCCAUGCUUCUUACUUGACUAAGAACAUCAGCAAGGAGGAGUCAUGCACAUUAAAGGAUUCAGGUAAAAACACCCCCGUUUAAAUCUACGUAUACCAGAAAACGAAUUCUUCUUCUGAUGUAUUGCUGCUGUGUGGAUACACCUCACACCCCAAUGAAACUGAAUGUAAAAACGGAACCUAUUAUUGUGUGAAACAUGGAGAAAAUCCUGAUGGUGGAUACACCAGUUUUGAUCAUUUUGGAUGGGCCUUUCUAUCAUUGUUCCGACUGAUGACACAGGAUAGUUGGGAAAUCCUCUAUCGGCAGGUUAUCAGAACAUCUGGAAAAUCUUACUGCAUUUUUUUUGUGAUAAUCAUCUUUCUGUGCUCAUUUUAUCUAUUUAAUUUAAUCCUGGCUGUUGUAACAAUGGCAUAUGAAGAGCAAAACAAAGCAACACUUGCACACACAAAGGCAAGGGAGAUGUUACUUCGUGAAGCAAAAGAAUUACUAAAAAAGGAAAAGAAGGAGCUGUUGAUGUCCUAUCACCUACCUGUUGACACUCUUGAUGAUCCAUUUCAAAGACAACGGUUAACAAGUGCUGCUAAUGUCAUCAGCAAAACCAUGGAAUGGGAAGAAUCAAAACUGGAAUUCCCUCCAUGCUUGAAAACUGCUGCCCAUAAGUAUCUCAUCUGGCAAUGUUGCCCACUCUGGUUGCAAAUAAAGAAAAUGGUGAAGAAAGUAAUGAUAAAUCCUUUUACUGAACUAUUUAUUACACUGUGUAUUAUAGUGAAUACUGUUUUAAUGUCAUUCGAAAGAGUUCCAAAAACAGGCAAGAUGGUUUCCACAGGAAACAAAGUUUUCACUGCUAUUUUUGCAACUGAAAUGAUCCUCAAAAUAAUUGCACUUGAUCCCUACUACUAUUUUCAAGAGGCUUGGAAUAUUUUUGACUCCCUUUUGGCUAUUUUAGGCAUAAUAAACUUGGUCACGAGGCUUCCCCUAUCAAUUUUCAGAAUGCUGAGAAUUUUCAAAUUGUCAAAGUUUUGGCCAGCAUUAAAUAAGCUCAUGAAAAUAAUGUGGAAAUCAGUGGGCCCACUAAGCAACCUCACACUUGUUCUGAUUUUUACCGUAUUCAUUUUUGCUGUGGUUGGCAAGCAGGGCUUUAGCCAAAGUUAUAAAACAUUUCGAGAAAGAUGUGAGAACGAAACUGAAACCUGUAACAGUGACAUUAAUGCCACCAAUAAAUGUAAAUUACGAUGGCAUAUGGAAGACUUCUUACAUUCAUUCCUUGUUAUAUUCCGAAUUCUUUGUGGAGAAUGGAUCGAAACGAUGUGGGACUGUAUGAAAGCUGCUGGUGAAGGAUGGUGCAUUUUUCUGUUCAUGCUGGUCCUGCUUUUAGGAAACCUAGUGGUCCUCAACCUCUUUAUCGCUUUACUGCUGAGUUCCUUUAGUAGCAGUGAUUCAGAAACUGAGGUAGAUGAAGAGCAAGCUAAGCCUCAUGUGAUCCUUGCUCACAGGGGGUUGCAAUUUGUCAAACAUCUGCUGUGGAAUCGAUGUUGCAAUGCGCUUGUGCAAAAGCUGAAGAAAGCAAGAACCAAGACCAAGGAGGUGACCAUCCAAAAGGACGGUGCCACAGAGCCAAGAAAAGGGAUCCAGGAAAACUAUGCUAGUGGUAAACGUUUGGUGAAGCUGCCAGUGGAUCAUUUUAUGACAGACAUUAAUACAUUUGCCUGCGCUCCCCUUGCUGAAAUGGAGACUUUUGAUGAGGAAGGAAUUGAUUGUAGCAAAGAGGAGAACAACUUGCAAAAGAGAAGAGAGAAAUUCAAAACGUCAAGACAAACGCUGUCUUCUCAUAUUUCCGAAAGUACCAGUGUUUGGUCUUUGAAUGUUCCUAAGGUUCAGAGCGUGGAUCUUGAGAGCAGCUGUUCUGAGGCCAGCACGGUAGAUGAGAGGUCUCCCAUCUGCAUUUUGCCUGUAACCAAGAAGGAGCCUGUGGCCUGUUUUCCACAAGUGUUGGUCAAGUUCUUCCCGUGUUGCACAGUGAAUACUGCUAAAUUUCCAGGCAACACUUGGUGGAAGUUUAGAAAAACCUGCUACAGAAUUGUAAAACAUAAUUGGUUUGAAUCUUUUAUCAUAUUUAUGAUAUUACUGAGCAGUGGUGUUCUGAUCUUUGAAGACAUCUACCUUGUUGAGAGAAAGACCAUAAAAAUCAUAUUGGAAUAUGCAGAUAUAUUUUUCUUCUACAUCUUUUUCCUGGAGAUGCUUCUGAAAUGGGUGGCUUAUGGCUUCAGAAAAUAUUUCACCAAUGCUUGGUGUUGGCUUGAUUUCUUUAUUGUAUGUGUAAGUAUCAGAUUUAAUCUUACUGUUUCCUUUCCUGCAAAAACAAUUGGAACAAAGGGAAGAGAUCUGUGUGAUAGCCGUAUCUCCACAAAAUCUCUCAGAACUUUAAGAGCCUUGAGACCUCUUCGUGCAUUGUCCAGAUUUAAAGGGAUAAAGGUUGUAGUGAAUGCACUCGCAGGAGCUGUCCCUUCGAUCGGGAAUGUGCUGCUUGUCUGUGUUGUGCUCUGGCUCCCAUUUAACAUCCUAGGAGUACAACUGUUUGGAGGAAAAUUUUCGAAAUGCAGUGAUGCAGCUUUGAAAAAUAAAAGUGUCUGUGAAAGUCAGAAUUCCAAAUGGACUAAUAUGAAUGUCAACUUUGAUCAUGUUGGGAUGGGGUAUCUGGCUCUCCUCCAGGUGGCAACCUUUAAGGGCUGGAUGGAGAUUAUGUAUGCUGCAGUAGAUGCACCUUCACAAGAAAAUGAACAGCCAAGUUUUGAAAAUAGUGUGUUUGCAUAUAUCUAUUUUGUGGCAUUUAUCAUAUUUGGAUCGUUCUUCAUGCUAAACCUCUUCAUUGGAGUUGUUAUUGACAAUUUCAACCAACAAAGGAAAAAGAUAAGUGGAGAACUCAUUUUUAUGUCAGAUGAACAGAAGAAAUAUUAUAACGCAUUAAAAAAACUUGGUAGCAAGAAACCACAUAAGCCCGUUCCACGGCCGCAGAACAUGUACCAAGGACUUCUUUUUGACAUUGUAAACAAGAAAGCAUUUGAUAUUUUCAUCAUAAGUCUAAUUUUACUGAAUGUGGUGAUCAUGGCAGCAGAACAUGAAGGCGAAGGGGAAGCUGUUAAGACCCUUCUUGAAAAUAUAAAUCUUAUAUUUGUCGCUAUUUUUACUGGAGAGUGCAUCAUCAAAAUGUUGGCUUUGAGACUAUAUUUCUUCAAAGACGGUUGGAAUAUAUUUGAUUUUGUGGUUGUGAUUCUUUCAAUACUUAGUUCUGCAGCUGGACAACUUCGAAAAGCACUUGAUUUCCCUCCUACAAUCCUGAGAAUAAUUCGAGUAGCCCGUGUUAGUCGACUACUGAGACUUAUCAGAGGAGCCAGAGGGCUUCGGACCCUCCUUUUUGCAUUACUGAUGUCCCUCCCUUCUCUCACUAACAUUGGACUUCUCCUUUUUCUGAUCAUGUUUAUUUAUGCUAUUUUUGGUAUGUCUAACUUUGCCUGUGCAAGUUGGCAAGGUGGGAUUGACAACAUUUUCAACUUCCAAACCUUUGGCAGCAGUAUGCUUUGCCUCUUCCAAAUAACAACAUCUGCUGGCUGGCAUGACCUCCUCAACCCAAUGCUGAUCACUGACAACAUCACUUGUGCUCCCAAUUUAGGUGGAAAUGGUCCCUGCGUAAACAGGAGUGUGGCAAUUGCCUAUUUUGUAAGCUACAUCAUUAUAUCAUUCCUCAUUGUAGUCAACAUGUACAUUGCUGUCAUCAUAGAAAACUUGAAUGUUGCCACGGAGGAAAGCACAGAACCUCUAGGUGAUGAUGAUUUUGAAAUUUUUUAUGAGAUUUGGGCAAAAUUUGAUCCUCGCGCAACCCAAUUUAUUUCUUACUUCGCACUUUCAGACUUUGCUGAUGCUCUGGCAGAACCCUUACGCGUACCCAAACCAAACAUGCAACAGCUGAUGUUAAUGGACCUUCCUAUGGUGAACGGAAAUAAAAUCCACUGCUUGGAUAUUUUGUUUGCUUUUACCAAGAGGGUAUUGGGGGAAUAUGGGGACAUGGGUCCACUGGAGACCCAGAUAGAAGAAAAGUAUCCAGAGAAGAUUGCCAAUGAACCCAUUGUAACGACUCCCAAGCGGAAAGAGGAGGAAUCGGCUGCCAUUAUCCAGAGGGCUUUCAAGAUGUAUCUCCUUCACCGUGCAAUGAAAGAAGUCUCUCAGGAAACCCCCUUGGAACGCAUACAUGAGGAGGAAGGUACCUCUGCAUUCACACUUAGUGAAAACGAAGACAGUCAGUCGAGUAACUCCCACAGCCCAUCUCCCGUAUCUAUUCCUCCAUCUUACAGUAAUGUCACAGGCACCACUAACGACAGUCUUCAAGUGGAAAUCACAGACACUAGUGAACCCAAGUGA